AGAAGUGCUUCCGGGGCUUUACUUCCUCUUUUCCUUCUGCAUCGGGUCGCGAACAUGGUGAACGUCCCGAAGACCCGCAGGACUUACUGCAAAAAGUGCAAGAAGCACCAACCCCACAAGGUUACCCAGUACAAAAAGGGCAAGGAUUCCCUCUAUGCACAGGGUAAGAGGAGAUACGACAGGAAGCAGAGCGGCUACGGUGGUCAAACAAAGCCCAUCUUCCGUAAAAAGGCUAAAACAACAAAGAAAAUUGUGUUGAGGCUUGAGUGUGUGGAGCCCAACUGCAGAUCAAAGAGAAUGCUGGCCAUCAAGAGAUGCAAGCACUUUGAGUUGGGUGGUGACAAGAAGAGAAAGGGCCAGGUCAUCCAGUUCUAAGCUGUGGCCCAGUCUUCUGAAUGAAGUACACAUUUUCAAUAAAGGUGUUAAAAUUUGGAA